ACAAAGCCACUUCCUCCCAGAUCUAGCUCGAACUCGUCCAGCUGCUUAUCUCUGCCAGAAUGAGGCUGGUUGGAGCCCUUGCCUGACCAACGCUGUCCUAAAGCCUGGACUUCUAUCUUUUGUAUCUGUUGGAUUACCUUUUUGGUUCCUGUGAUUGGACUAUCAUGCUGUGAUACCAGGGAUCAAAGCCUAGGCAAACGUCUUUGUUGUGUGGUUCAUAUCUUUGUAUUAAGGAAGGGGAAAUGGAUUCAGUUAGUAGAUAUAUGAGUUUUCGCUCCUCUAAAAGAUUGCUGCCACAAAUCAACUACCCAGAGUGUGGCGGCGGCGUUGGUGGUGGCGGCGGCGGGCUGCCGACCAAGGUGAAGAGGAGCAAGAGCAGCCUGGGCAAUGGCAGCUUCAGGAGGAAGGCGGAGUCGAUGAAGGCGCUGAGCCUGGAGGAUGCCGUGUUGGACCCCCAGAGGGAGCACAGGACCCUCACCAGACAGCAGCCAGUCAGGUCACAGACGUUUGAUCUGGAUAGCAAAACCUUUGAGAGAACCAACGGCAACGGACCUCAAAGUAGCUUCGUCAAGCACAACAAGACAUUCCACAAGCUGUUCCCGGACAUUCCCGAGGGCGAAGACUUGAUCCACGCGUACAUCUGCGCGUGGCAGAAAGAAGUGCCCUACCACGGGCGUCUGUACAUCACAGAGACCCACGCCUGCUUCUACUCCUCGGUCCUGCUCAAAGACACCAAGGCGGUCAUUCCCGUGUCCUCCAUCCAGAAGGUGAAGAAGCAGAACAUGGCGCUCCUGGUUCCCAACGCCCUCUCCAUCCGCACCAGUGAGGGAGACAAGUUCCUGUUUGUGUCUCUGAGGAACCGUGACGCGUGCUACCAGCUGCUCUGCUCGGUCUCUCCUCGGUUGGAGGCGGGCAGCACCAAUAGCAGUUCGAUCUUGUCUUCAGCGGAGAACAGUGAGAAGAGCAAACUAGUGGUGUUCUCAUGCGCUGCCCUUCUCCCGUCCUCCCGACAGAACUCCAGCCAGUCGAGUCUGGACGACAGCUUUGACCACCCCGACUCCGCCGCCCCCCCAGGCCUCCUGCUGGAGCCCUCCCCGACAGAAACCCUGAAAGUGCCUAAUGGGAGCCUUCCCUCCCCGAAGUGUCGGCUCACACCGCACAGAGACCUCUCCUCCUCCUUCUCCUCCUCCUCCUCCUCCGAGCUGCCCAUGGAAGAAGGCGGGUCGUGGAUGUGCAGUGUGACGCGGAGAGCUAGGUCUCUGCUGUACCAGAGAGAGGCAAGCACCCUCAACACACUCCUGGUCAUCUACCUGAUCCUGGUAAUGCUACUGCUGCUAUCGUCAGGCUACAUCGGCCUGCGCAUCGUAGCGUUGGAGGAGCAGCUGAAUCUACUGGGGGCUCUCCCAGAGUUCUCUCUGAACAGCGGGUAUCAAGACACAUAGCCCUCAUUGGCUGAACCGGAAAAUUACUUGAGCUGUGAUUUGGAGGACCACUACCCUGCAGUAACCAAUGGGAGGGAUGGUUUCUGAUGCAUUCAGACUGUCCCCCCCCCCGUCCGUCCCCCGGACAUUGCCCCUCUGGUCGCUGGUUCGGCCUGCAGGAACAGCGGGCUAACCUGUGCAAUCUCCCACUGACACCCUGCUGUGGAAACACUGGGGUACCCCCCCCCCCUCCUCCUCCUCCGAAGGGCUAAACCUCAUCACCUUGUCCUCCACCCGAGAUAAAGCACACCGGGCUGGGAGAAUGGACCCCCUUCAACGCUCCGGAGCUAAGCCGACAUGCGUCUGAUGCACACCCACAUGCACAAGCGCACACACACAAACACAAACACGCACAGACCCUCUGCCUGGCUGCAGUGGGCGUCGGUGUGGUUUCAUACCAAAGCCAAAUGACUCCUGGGAACACGUGCCACGGCGUUGACUGACCACAGAUGUUUUCUAACGGUGACUCCUCCCCUCUGUUCUUCCUUCGUCGGGAGUCGGUUAUCCCUCCUCUUCUACCGAUCGCACCCUUUCGAUCCAGCACUGCACGCAACCAAAGAUGCACCAGGUGCGUGCGUGCUUUGCAUGGGGUGCUGGGCGACGACCUCUCUAUGGCUUUUACCUGUGUCCUCUUUGCAUUUCCCCCGACCACAUCCUCCCCAGUGGGUAGCUACACAAAUUUGCCUUGUGUGCAGUCGGUCGCCAAUCAUCGGGUACUCGGGUCUCAAAUGACGAUUACCUUAAAGUUUAUAAACUGCUUGGAUCAGAUCUCCAUUCUCUACAGAGAAUGGAGAUCUCCAUUCUCUACAGAAGGCCUGCACCCCCUCUCGUCUUCUCCCCGUCGUUAGUCUUUAAUCCUAGAGUACAGUGUUAAUUCCCCCCCCCCCCCCCCCCCCCCCCCCAAACCCAGCAUUGGGAAUGAUUUAAUUCUUUAAUGAUCGAUGCUUGGUGGGUUUAAUUCCCCACCGCUCUUGACCUGGGCUUCCGAUGCACGAGCCCACUGAGACCGAAGCACGCAAGCUGGACUUGGCUUUGCUGAUGGGCUCUGGGUAGACCACCCGUCCUAACGACCACUUGGUCGGGGACAGCGGUUGUGGUUCUAAGACUUAUUGAGGCUCGUCGCUGAUACUUUAUCCAUGUAUCGACACCGUUGUGUUUUAGGAAACGGGGAGGGAACGUACAGGCCUCCAGGGUUCUGGUGAAAGACCUGGAUCAUCAGGGGGCAUUUUAACCGGGAUGUUUCUAAAAAUGACACCGAUACUGUAUUUGCAGAGAUGGCACCGUUGUGUGUGUGUGUGUCGAGCGCCUGUGAUCUCAUUUUUAGCCACCUGAAAUGGGACCAGAUCCUUUUUAGAUUUCUAAACUAUGAAAACCACACUGCUACUGUGAGGUCGGAGGUUUCAACUAAAAGCAAAAACGUGGUGGUCCAAAAAAAACUAUUUCAAUAUGCAAGGAGUGAUUAUGCAUGUAUAUAUCUAACAAAAAAAAGUCUUUUCUAUCGUGUCGUUGUUUUAAAUUGAAGUUGGGCUUGUCUCGACAAGAAAUGGUGAGGGUGAAGAAGCUGUGCACUUUAUUGAGACGUGUGAUUCGCCCGUCUUGACCCCAAAAAACGUCACACCUGGGCAGGAGAGGGUGGCCGUUUGUCCUGUGUUUAUUUUUAUUUUCUUCCUUUUUAUUUCUGUUUUCUCUCGACCUUGCAAAGACUUUGUUUGUUUUCUCCUCUUUUUUUUUUUUUCUUCUCUUUUUAAAUUAUUUGUCACUCAGGGGAGGUGGGUGCUGAUGUCGACGAGGGAUUUGGGGGGGGUUCACUCCUAGCACCUCACCUCUUGUCACCGACCUCACGGUCUGAUUCUACCCUCCGGGCUAAAUGCACGCUACAUUGACCCUCGCCCGGGUACGGAGCGCUAAAUGAGAGCCUUGUCCUCGCUGAAUAACCACAGGGGGGGGGGGGGGCUCUCAGCACUUUGUCUGCUUUAUCUUGUUUAUCUUUUAUGUAACUCCAUUUUUACACGUCUCAGAUCCUGCACCAUCGCAUGACUUUUAAAUCAGUUGUUCCCCCCCGCCCCCCUGUGCAAAACGAAAGUACUGAAAUCGAAUCCUGACUGAACGAAUAUGGCGCAGUACUGUCGGUUCUCAAAACAUCAACCCUGCCUCCCACUAGAUGGCAUGGGGUAAGCACACACGAAUCACUGCCCUCAAAGAACACAAUGCAACGAGCUACACGACGGAGGCAGUAUGUGAUUUUUGCACUAUUCAAAGUGUUGUUAACCAAUGAUUUGUACCGAUUUCGUUGUCUUUAAUUCUAUGGUCAUAUAUAGAUAUAUAUUUAUUUGCAUUGUGUCAUGCAAAGUGGUCUCUGUGAGAUGGCUUUGUUAUUGUUUAAAAUAAAUCAAGUGUUGGAAGAAUUACA